GUUAUUUUCUUUUGAUUGCUGAGCGAGAACACCUGCACCGAUGGGAGCUUCUAGUUGGGAAAAAUUUCUUCUCCUUUUGUGGAAAAACUGGAUCAUACAGAAACGACACUAUGUGCAAACUAUUUUCGAAAUACUAAUUCCAGCAUUGUCUUGUGCAGUAUUGAUCCUGAUUAGAGGUUUGGUCGAUCCAAAGGUGUUCAGUGAACCGACUGUAUGGAACGCUCUUCCAACAGAUACCAUUGGGCACAUGCUUCCAGAAGCUAACCCAACGAUAGAUCCACCAAUUAGUUAUAUGUUGGCGUAUUCUCCACAGGGGGCGUUAGUGGAUAGGUUGGUUGCCAGUGCUGCUCUGCAAAUACGGGAACCACUGGAUAUCCAAGCAUUUCAGAAUGCUCUUCAAAUGGAGAACUUUCUUCGCAAUAAUAACACUUUGGUGGGAAUCGAGUUUCCGGAUAGCUAUCGCACGCUUAAUGAUUUACCAGAUAAAGUAUCGUACUCGCUGCGAUUUCCGGCAGAGAUGCGCACAUUUCAGGAUGAAUUUUCAGCCUUCUGGGCUAACUGGUAUACGGAGCUUAUGUUUCAACAGUUUCAAAUAGCAGGAGCUAAGGAUCCCGAUAGAGACGACGGAGGAUAUCCGGCAAAUUACUUCAAUGAAUCAUUUAUCGCUGUUCAAAGUGCGGUGGAUCGAGCCAUCAUACUGGAACGUGCUCCAACCGUCGAGUUUACACCGGUGUUUCUUCAGAGGUUCCCUUAUCCACCAUACUAUAGCGAUCCACUGCUAACGGGCUUGGAGAAUCUGCUGCCAUUGAUAAUCGUGAUAGCUUUCUUCUAUACUGCUAUCAAUACUGUAAAGUAUAUUACAGUCGAGAAGGAACGACAGCUGAAGGAAACCAUGAAGAUUAUGGGGCUGUCCAGUUGGUUGCACUGGAAUGCGUGGUUCAUCAAAUGUAUUAUGCUGCUGACUGUCUCCAUAUCUCUCAUAACUGCUUUGCUCUGCGCUAAUCUAACAACAAACAGCGAGCUAGCUGUCUUCGAGUAUUCAGAAUGGAGUGCUGUUUGGGUUUAUCUAUUCGUAUUCAGUGUGACAAGUAUUUGCUAUUGUUUUAUGAUGAGCACGAUAUUUUCGAAGGCCAACAUUGCGGCCGGCAUCUCUGGUCUGAUUUGGUUCAUCAUGACCGUGCCGUAUAAUGUUGUGUUUGCAAAUUACGGAAGCCUGUCGUUGGCCGUGAAGCUAUCACUUUGCAUUUUCUCCAAUUCGGCAAUGUCAUUCGGGUUUAUGUUGAUGAUGAGACAUGAAGGUACAUCCAAUGGAUUACAAUGGUCUAACCUAUUCGAACCGGUUACAGUAGAUGACAACCUAUCCGUUGGCUAUACUAUGAUCAUGCUUAUGAUUGAUGCGUUCGUGUAUUUACUAGUGGCCUUGUACAUAGAAAAGGUAUUUCCUGGUGAAUUUGGAGUUGGACAGCCUUGGUAUUUCUUUUUAACCAAGAAAUUUUGGUGCGGAAAAGCAAAGCCAUCUAAUGUUACUAGUUCGUCGUUCGUGUUCGAUAAUGACAGUUUGGAAACGGAACCAUCUGAUAAAGUGGCUGGAGUACAAAUACGAAAUCUUCGAAAGGUAUUCGAUAAGAAGAAAAUUGCUGUAAGCGGGCUCACCUUAAAUAUGUUCGAAGAUCAGAUAACUGUUCUACUAGGACACAAUGGAGCAGGCAAGACAACAACAAUGUCUAUGUUGACGGGAAUAUUCGCUCCUACUUCAGGAACUGCCAUUAUCAAUGGAUAUGACAUUACGACGGAUUUGGACGCUGUUCGAGGAUCUCUAGGAUUAUGCCCUCAACACAACGUUCUGUUUGAUGAACUAACUGUAUCGGAACAUAUCGAAUUUUUCGCUCGGUUGAAGGGUGUACCUGGAAAAGCAGUCAAAACAGAGAUCGAACAUUAUGUGAAAAUACUGGAGUUAGAAGACAAAGUCAAUAAACAAUCGCACACGCUGUCGGGAGGAAUGAAACGGAAGCUUUCGGUCGGAAUAGCACUAUGCGGCGGAUCAAAAGUAGUGCUGUGCGACGAGCCAACUUCCGGCAUGGAUCCUUCUGCUCGACGUGCUUUGUGGGAUUUACUUAUUCAGGAGAAGAAAGGCCGUACUAUAUUACUUUCCACUCACUUUAUGGAUGAAGCCGAUAUUCUGGGAGAUCGGAUAGCGAUCAUGGCGGAAGGUGAACUGAAGGCAGUAGGAUCAUCGUUUUUCCUGAAGAAACGGUUUGGUGUAGGGUAUAGGCUGAUCUGCGUCAAGGAUGAAGCAUGUGAUGCCAGAAACUUGAAAUAUUUGUUGAGGAAAUACAUUCCAGAUAUUGAAAUUGACACAGAUAUCGGAACAGAGCUGUCAUUUGUGCUGAAUGAAAAUUAUACAUCAAUGUUCCAGCAUAUGCUGAAGGAUCUGGAAGAGAAUACGGAUAGAUUAGGCAUAAAAAAUUACGGAAUAUCCCUCACAACGUUGGAGGAAGUUUUCUUAAAAGUUGGCAGUGAUUCGUACGCCUUGGACAAGAAAGCUAUUGUCAAAGAUGAACUCGAUACAGCGCCUGAAUCAAACAUGGCAUCAACAGUAAGAUUGCAUGAAGAUAACGAAGCCCUUCUGGGCGGAGCAAAGCUCACAUUCAACCAAAUCCGUUCGAUGUUUUUGAAAAAGUGGAUCUCCACAAAACGUAGCUGGGUGCAGCACUUGGUGCAGGCACUAAUUCCUAUUUACUUUGUAGUUGUCACUGUUGCUAUUGUACGUUCCUUCCCAGGAGUAACCGAGCUUCCUCCACUACCUAUUUCUGUUUACAACUAUUCAUCAACCACCACUCUCCUUGAGCCAUCGGAUAGCACCAUUGUUACGGGAUUUCAAAGAAUAUUUGAAGGUUUUCCUUCAUCUCAUCGAUUGGAAAUCAUCAAUCGAAACAUGACAGACCAUAUACUGGCCAUAUCCAAUGCCAAUAUUGGACGAGUGAAUCGAGAGUUUAUGGUUGCUGCAACUCUAUCAGACAACAGACAAACGGUUUGGUUCAACCCGCAAGGAGUCCACACAGCUCCACUAGGAAUAGAUUUUCUGUACAAUGCAUUCCUGAAAUUAAGCUGCAGCUCAUGUCAGAUAAACACCGUCAACAAACCGCUACCAUACCGUCCAAAUACGAGAUUCACUCAACUGCAAGCUGGCAACAAUCUGGGAUUUCAACUGUCAUUCAAUACCGGCUUUGCAAUGUCAUUCAUAGCUGCCCUCUACAUCAUGUUCUACAUUAAGGAGCGUACAUCACGUGCAAAAUUGCUACAGUUUGUCAGUGGAGUGAAUGUAUUCACAUUUUGGAGUGUUUCUUUCAUUUGGGAUUACAUUACCUUUCUCAUAACAGCGUUAAUCUAUCUCGCUACGCUUACAGCCUUCCAAGAGGACGGUUGGUCAACUGGGGAAGAGCUUGGACGAGUGUACAUGAUCCUUUGCGUGUUUGGAUUGGCGUUCCUGCCAAUAACGUACCUUUUCUCGUUUUGGUUCGAGAUACCUUCCACUGGAUUUGUCAAAAUGAUGAUGAUCAACAUAUUCACUGGAACGAUUUUUUUCACCGCUGUAUUUUUACUGAAGUUUGAAGUGUUCAAUUUGGCAGAUAUUGCACGCGGCCUGGAGUGGUUUUUUAUGAUAUUCCCACUGUUUUCGUUAAGUCAAAGCUUGAGUAACAUCAACGUACUAUCCACGACACGAUCAGUGUGUAAUCAGCAAUGUUCAGUCAUUCCUUUCUGUACCGAGGAGUUUAUGUGUCUCCAGUUCCCUGAUUGUUGUGAUACGGAGAUAUUCACCUGGGAGUCAAAGGGAGUCAACAGGCAGCUAGCGUAUAUGGCAGUUGUAGGUGUGAUUGCAUUCAUGGUACUGAUUGUGGUUGAAUUCCGAUUAGUUCAGAGAUGUUUUAACAGGAAAUACCAAGUUAGUAAGCAAAAACUUGCCAUUAUCGAAGACGCUGGUAUGGACGACGACGUGUACAGCGAGAAGCAACGAGUUGCUGGCCUUACAGAAACACAAAUAUCAGAUAACAAUUUAGUUAUACGUGAUCUGACAAAAUAUUACAAUAGUUUCCAAGCUGUCAAUCAACUGAGUGUUUCUGUCGAGACAUCGGAAUGUUUUGGACUUUUGGGAAUUAACGGUGCCGGGAAGACAUCAACCUUCAAGAUGUUGACUGGCGAUGAAAACAUUUCUUCUGGGCAGGCAUGGGUCAAGGGCAUCAAUUUGAAGAGCAACAUGAAUGAGGUUCACAAACACAUUGGAUACUGUCCACAGUUCGAUGCCGUUUUGGAGGACUUGACUGGCCGAGAGACGUUGAAGAUUUUUGCACUCAUGAGAGGAAUUCCCAAUCAAGAUAUAACGGCAGCUUCUGAGAAAUUAGCACACGAACUUAACUUCAUGCAGCACAUCGACAAAAGGAUCAAAGAAUACAGCGGAGGAAAUAAGCGAAAGUUAAGCACGGCACUAGCACUUCUUGCGAAUCCCACUGUGGUUUAUUUGGAUGAGCCCACUACCGGAAUGGAUCCAGGAGCAAAGCGACAGUUGUGGAAUGUCAUACUAAACGUGAAAAAGGCGGGAAAGUCCAUAAUAUUAACAUCACACAGCAUGGAAGAAUGUGAAGCCCUAUGUACCCGAUUAGCUAUCAUGGUAAAUGGCGAGUUCAAAUGCAUAGGAUCUACGCAACAUUUGAAGAGUAAGUUCUCGAAAGGAUAUUUCCUUACUGUGAAAAUCAGAAAGGCCGAAUCUGAAACUAAUUCUUCAAAACGGCAGUAUGCUGUCAAGAACUACGUAGUAGAACAUUUUGAAGGAGCAGUUUUGAGAGAAGAACACCAAGAUUCACUUACGUUCCACAUAGCUCAAUCAAAUAUGAAGUGGUCAACGAUGUUUGGACUGAUGGAAACUGCCAAGAGGACACUAGAGAUCGAAGAUUACGCCCUCGGUCAAACAUCCUUGGAGCAAGUGUUUUUAUUUUUCACUAAAUACCAAAGAAUAACAGACGAACAGUAGAAUGGCUAACUGUACUAUGUACCUCCCUUUACCCUUUACUAAUAAACCAAAACAAUGUCGAAACAUAAUGAUUAAUUCAUACAGUCGUCCGUCUGUAGUUGUACUUCCUAUGAGACCGAUAAUCCACGCUUGUGCGUGAUACAUACUGAGACCUACACGAUAAACACGGCGGCGUCUACGUAAUUUACCAAUCUU